CUAGAACUAAAAAAACUAUAAAUAAGAGUUUGUUUACCUAAUCAUCAAUACAAUCAAUAAAUAAUAAAAAAAAAAUGCGUCUAUUGUGUGCUAAUAAUACGACACUUGCAAUGUUGCGAUCUAUUUGCAAUGUUUACAAAACAAUCGGCUCAGAAAAAUAUCUCAGAAAAUCUCCUAAUUUUGUGAUUAGCAUCCGGACGGUAACUAGUCAAAUUCACAGAAUUUCUGAAUUUUUUCCGAAGGAUAUCAACAAUAAUACCAAGCCGAAAUUUAAAGAUGCCGGUGAAGAAGUUGAUUAUUAUCCGAAUUGUGAUACUUCCGUUUGGAUGAGAUCUUGUGAGAAGGAAGUUGUCGAGCCGAUUUUUGGAAAGACUAUAGGUGAGAUUCCUAAAUGGCUUAAAGGAACUUUGCUAAGAAAUGGACCGGGGAAUUUAAAAGUUGGGGAUCAUGAAUUUGAUCACUUGUUUGACAGCUCUGCGUUGUUACACAGGUUCCACAUUUCUGACGGAAAAGUGACGUACCAAAGGCGCUUUAUCCAAACAGACGUUUACAAAAGAAACCAACAAGCCCAAAGAAUUGUCUUGACGGAAUUCGGAACAAAAGCAGCUCCGGAUCCUUGCCAAAGUAUUUUCCAUCGAGUUUCUGCUAUUUUCAACCCAGCAGACAACGCAUCAGACAACACAAUGAUAUCCGUCUACCCUUUCGACGAUGAGUUCUACACAUUCACGGAAUUCCCAGUAGUCCACAAAAUCGACCCAGUAACUUUAGAAACCAAGAAAAAGGUCAACAUCUCGAAACACGUGGGUAUUGUAAACCACACAUCGCACCCACAUGUGAUCAAAGAUGGGACUGUUUUCAAUGUGGGACUAAGUGUGGGUUCCAAGGGCCCGGAAUAUAGCGUCAUCAAGUUCCCAAUUGCUCGGAACGCUGACAAAUCGAUGUUCGACCAAGCCGAGAUAGUUGGUAGCGUCCCUGCUAGAUGGCGCAUGAAUCCAUCCUACAUGCACACUUUUGGAAUUACCGAUAACUACUUCGUUAUCAUCGAGCAGCCGCUGGCUAUUUCAUUCACCAAGAUGGUCAAGUGUCAUUUGAUGAACCAGCCGCUCUGUACUUGCCUCAAGUGGCAUGAUGAUCAAAAUACGCUUAUUCAUCUAAUAUCAAGAACCGACGGGAAAUUAAAAAGAACAUUUACCGCUGAAAAAUUCUUUUUCUUCCACACUAUAAAUCAAUUUGAAACGCUUGAUAAAGAUUACAUUGUUCUUGAUUUGUGCUGCUAUAAAGACGCUAAAAUGCUUGACUGCAUGUACAUAGAAUCGAUUAAAAAUAUGCACAAAAAUCCUAAUUACGCUGAAUUGUUCCGCGGACGGCCUUUGAGAUUCAUUUUGCCGAUUGGCAAGCCAAAAGAUGGAUAUGAUCAUACAAGCCAGGAUAAUUUGAUUAAGAUUGAAUCUGUCCACCAAACUCUCAAUUCUAAUGACAACAAAAACAAUUGUAACAUUAGAGACACAAAGGAUAUGUUAAGCCGCAAAGCAUCAGCUUAUAAACUUCCCGACGGAAAAAUUUUCGUAAAACCAGAACUAAUUUGCGAUCUGGGUUGCGAAACUCCAAGGUUCAAUUACGAACUUCUCGGUAAAGAGUAUCGUUAUUUCUACGCUAUUUCCAGCGAUGUUGAUCUUGAUAAUCCCGGAACGGUUAUAAAGGUCGAUACUGCAACUAAAACUCGGGUAACUUGGAGCGAAAAAGGUCUCUAUCCAAGCGAGCCAAUUUUCGUCCCAAAUCCUGAAGGACAGGAUGAAGAUGACGGAGUUAUCGUCAGCGCAGCUGUUUUUGGGAAGAGCAAUGAGUCUGAAGUGUGUUUGAUGAUUAUAAAUGCAAAAACAAUGAAGGAAAUCAGCAGAACUGUGUUUUCCACGCCCGGGCCAGUUCCUAAAUGCUUGCACGGGUGGUUUUCUAUGGACAAAUAAAUAUUUUUAAUACUUAUCAUUAAAAUUUGUAUUUCUAAUAAUAACAAACUCAAAUAAUAUGUAAAAUAAAAUAAAUUAUUAUUUGUAUUGUCUUUUUUUUGCAUUUUCAUUUUAAGAUUUCCGUACACAACUAUACAAUAUUUACAAAAUUACAUUACUAAUUAACAAUUGUGUUUAGUUUAUUUAUAAUUUUAUGUACAUUUUACGCAGUUGAAUUUGUUCAGUUCAAUAUAAUAUAUUUGAUAGCAUUAUUACCGGUCUAGAUUUUAGACAGAUGGAAUGUUGGAUUUUAAACGGUAUUUAUAAGUUAUAAUUAUUUAUUAACUAUAUUUAUUGCGUUUGAUUAUAUUGGCACAACUUGGUCACAAUGUUUGGAUAUUUUGUCGAAAUUAAGCAAAAUGGCGUAUAUUUGAUCGAAAAUUGUGCAUAACAAUUUAAUUUUUUUGAGCAUAAAUUACGGGUCCAUUUUGCUUACAAAAUAUGUGGCCUUUAAAAUUAGUCUCCUCAAUAAAUACACAAUACAUAUUAAUAUUUAAAAUUAAUAUGUAAAAUCCUCGUAAAUGUAUUAAUAAAAAUAAAUAUCUAAUUUGGGCUACGGCCAGCCGUAAAAUCCUACUUAAACAAAAAAAAUAAAAA